AUGAACUUUCCUGCAUCAGUCUACAACAAUGUUCCGUUGCUGACCUUCACUAUAGUGGAAAUACCCUCACGUGGUCGAACUCAUCUAUCUAAGAAGCUGGAUCGUGUUCUCUGCAAUGAAGAAUGGUUGGAAUGCUUCCCUGAGUCUAUAGCUGUCUUUGGAAAACCUGGAAUCUCAGACCACAGCCCUUGCUGCACUUUCCUCGACCAGCUCAAGCCUCCUCAGAAACGGCCUUUCAGGUUCUUUUCUCACUUAAACCAUCAUCCGGAUUUCCACAAUCUCGUCGGAGCAGUCUGGAACUCCCUGCCCAUCCUUGGCUCUAAGCAAUUAUGUGUGUCGAAAAAACUGAAAGAAAUGAAGGCUUUCAUUCGAACCUUUAACAAGGAAAAUUUUUCAGAGAUAGAGAAGCGCGUUCAAGAAGCCUUUGACCAUUUAACAGACUGCCAGCAUGCCUCCCUCUCUGCUCCAACCUCCCUUACUGCUGCUGCCGAGAAAUCAGCCCACGACAAAUGGUACACCUUAGCCAAGGCUGAGGAUAAAUUCCUCAGGCAAAGAACAAGAGUUCAAUUGUCAGUUGAUGGAGACGCUGGUAAUUACUUCCAGAACCCGUUGGGAGGUGUCAACACGCCAACAACUUCGUCUCCUCCUGACAUUGCGUCAAUUAUGCAAGUUAAAUGCUCUGCUGAAGCGGUCACCUCUCUUGCAGCUCUGUUCUCUGACCUUGACAUUGAGAAGGCUUUCUUAUCCCUCCCUAUGAACAAGUCCCCUGGUCCUGACGAUUACCCAGCCGAAUUCUUCACUGGAAAUUGGAGGGUGGUUGGGCGUGAUAUGAUAGCUGCUGUGAAGGAAUUCUUGAGCACAGGUGAGUUGUUACAGCAAUGGAAUGCAAUCCUCCUUAUUCUGGUUCCUAAAAAAGUCAAUGCAAACAAGAUCACUGAGUUCAGACCCAUCGCCUGCUGCAAUACGGUGUACAAAGUGGCUUCGAAGUUGCUAGCCAACAGGCUGAAAGAUCAUCUCUCGACGCUAAUUUCCACUUCUCAGUCAGCCUUUGUCCCCGGUCGCUUGCUGGUGGAAAAUGUGCUCUUGGCUACGGAACUUGUCUCAGGGUACAACUGGAAAAAAAUCACCAAGCGUUGCAUGCUCAAGGUUGAUUUCCAGAAGGCUUUUGAUACCUUGGACUGGGAUUUUGUUCUCUAUACCCUGGAAGCGCUUGAGUUCCCCUUAAUCUUCCGGAACCUGAUCAAGAAAUGCCUAACUACUACGCGCUUCUCUGUUGCCAUAAAUGGAGAACCUUGUGGCUACUUCAAAGGCACCAUAGGGCUUAGACAGAGCGACCCUCUUUCGCCAUAUCUCUUUGUCCUUGCUCUGGAAGUCUUUACUCAACAGCUAAAGAGGAAAUAUAUUGACGGGUCCAUUGGCUUUCACCCCCAACACUUCCUCUCUCAAGCUGAUUCUGUAAGAUGCAUUGCUGAUACAAUGGAGGAGUUUGAUCUUUGGUCGGGUUUAAGGAUGAACAAGUCAAAGACAGAGCUGUACACUGCUGGUCUGAACAACGCUGAAACCUUGGAGAUCUCCCGGCUUGGAAAGCUAAGGCUCACUGAUUACAGGCCGCUAAUCGAUAGGAUAUCAUCAAACUUCAACACCUGGUCGGCUAAAGCCCUGUCGUUUGCAGGGAGAAGACAGCUCCUGUCCUCUGUGAUCUAUGGCUCCAUCAACUUCUGGACUACAGCUUUUAUCCUCCCUAAAAACUGUAUUAAAAAGGUGGAAUCUAUGUGCUCUCAGUUUCUUUGGGGUGGCACUGAAACGAAGAAAAGCAUUGCUAAAGUGGCCUGGAAGACUGUAACUCUCCCCAAGAGUGAAGGAGGUCUUGGACUCCGUGAUAUUUGUCGUUGGAAUAAAACUCUCUACCUCAAGCUGAUUUGGAGGCUAUUCACAACUAAGGUGAAGGAGUACAGAAUCAAAGGUGAAAACUUAUGGGCUAUGGAUGUCACCAAAUGCAUAUCUUCUUCAUGGCACUCUCUCCUCUCCCUGCAAGGGCUUGCUGCUCGUUUCCUGAAGGCAAAAAUGGGUAAUGGUCAGCAGUUAAGCUUCUGGUAUGAUCAGUGGACGCCUCUUGGACCCCUUAUCAAUCGAUUUGGUACGGUAGGCCCAAGAGAAUUGCAGAUUUUCGUGCUAGCUUCUGUUGCGCAGGCCUGCAAUAAUGAUGGUUGGCUUCUCAGAGGAGCCCGGUCUCCGGCUGCAGAAGAACUCUAUACGUACCUUACCACAAUUCCUCUCCCUUCGCUGAGUACUAUAGAUAACACCUUUGUGUGGAAGAUAGAUGGCAAUGAAUCGCAACAAUUUUCCACGAGUAAGACUUGGAGUAUGGUGAGAAACAGAUCUUUGGAACAGAGAUGGACUCAAAACAUUUGGUUCAAAGGCCACAUUCCUACGCAUGCUUUCACUGCCUGGGUGGCUCACCAGAAUCGAUUACCUACAAGAUCACGACUAGUAGAUUGGGGUAUGAAUAUCCCCUCCCCUUGUUGCUGUCUCUGUAGCAUUGAAAUCGGAAGCACAGACCACCUUUUCCUUCAGUGUGAGAUUACGAAGAGAGGAUUCCACACCUGGACUGCUUUCUCUGAAUGGAUGGGAAUAAGAGAUUGGGUAGUGAGUUUAACGCUCAAGCGUGCUGUUGCUCAGGCCACCAUAUCAAGCUUAUGGACAGAGAGAAACAAGAGAUUGCAUGAUGGAGUCUCACAAACGCCAGCGAUAAUCUUCAAGAGAAUUGAUCGUAUCAUCAGAGACGCGAUCUGA